UGUGAAAUGUGCAAUACCAGUUUACACUUGGCUGAUGACGUUUCAUUGUCAAGAAACGAAAAACCAGUUGACUGACAAAGUGUGUGACUGUAACUGACUCGAUCGCACACAAGAGCCUUGCUUGUUUCUUACCUGAGGGAAGGUUCAACUCCAUAAAUUCUGUCCGCACAGUUGCAGGAUGUCUCUAACAGUGUCUCAGGGUAAGGGGGAGACAGUGAUCACUUUCACCUCGAACCCCAACAGCAAAUGGCCGAUACUAUGUCAGAUCCUGGGCUCUCUGUGUAGUCCAGUGUGUGCCGUGUCACAGCACAUGAAAUUGAAAAUGAUGGGCGUCUAUACAGCACUUGGGAUUGUGCAGCUUUUAGUAGGACUUCUCAGUAUUGUGACAGGGAUUUUAAUUUCAUUUUAUGGGUUAUAUCAUUAUAACAUUGUGCCGUCUGAUGCUCCAUUCUGGCUCGGUGGUGUGUUUCUUGCAGUUGGAAUGGUGACUGUUGUUGCAGUUCAGUUUCCCAGUUCUUGUCUUCUGCUCAUUGCUGUGGUGCUGAAUAAUGUUAGCACUGUUCUGGCUGUGAUAGGCCUUGCAAUGUAUUCAUGUGACUUGAGCUCAUCUCUGCCUUAUCAGAUGAUCAGUGGAGCACUGGAUAUCACUAUGCUGAUCUUUUUCGCCCUUCAGCUCUGUGUGACCCUCAGUUUCUCCAUCUUGAUUUGCUCGAAAGAAGAAACUAUUCUGUGUGGAAAGUUUGUGGAGAACCCUCAGUUUUACAAGCCACUCAAAGAGGUCACUGUCAGUCAUGUAUGUUAGAGACACAAUCUGCAACACCACAAAUAUCAUGUUUCAUGCUUACUCUUGCUGUUUAUUUGUAUUUUUCCCCUUCACAUUGUGUGUAUGUGUGUUACAUCAUUACAGUAUGGUGCUCUUUUUUCCUCUUUGACCAUUUACAAAGCUGGCAAAUUAUGAUUGAAGCCUUCUGUUUUAAAAUCUGUUCAUUCAUAUCAUGUAUUCCCUUAACUCUUUAUUAAAUUACACUUAAUUGAGUGAAAUGUUAAUCAAAUUAUUAUUUAAAAAAUAGUUUUUCUGCUGACUUGUCCACUGCAGUGAUCUGAUGUACUUAUGUAGGCUACAUGUGUACAAAAUGUCAUAGGUUGUUGACCAUUCAGUUAGUCUCAGUAUUCACUGCAUGUUGUGACUGUUUGUUCCUUGUGCAUAUAUGAUUUUCAGCUUGUGUCGUAUGAGCCUGGUUUACAUAUCUGUACUUUUGACUACUCCUCCUGAAUUUAGGAACUUGUUUAGUCCAUCUCCACCACAAAACCUUUGUAUAUGCAGACAGAAAUUGUUUCUUCUGUACCUGUCCAGCAGGUAUCACCCACUACUGGUCACCAGUGGAACAAGAUUAAUUGAAUGUUUAAAUAUAUCGAAGUGAAUGUCACAGGUGAAUGUUACAAAUUUCAUCCCAAUCGGUACCUUUAUGUAGAAUAUAAACUCCAAUCUGUUUCGGGCUCAUCCACCCAGUUGAGUUGCUGCAAAAAGAUGGUCAUUGCAAAACUCUAAAGUGAUUAAACUAUUAAGCCAUGUGCUUUUUAAAACCA